AUGUCUGAAAAGUGUCUGAAGUUGAGCCAUACGGAGCUUUUGAGCUUUCUUCCACAAAUAAAUUCUUUUCCCAUAUCAAGGGCCUGUCGGAAGACUUUGUUUCGCUUCAGAAUCUGGAAACCAAGUUCACCACGUUUGGCUAUGUUUAAAACGCUCGAGUCUUUGAAAAGAAAUAACGUUAGCAAACGUCAGGCAAUGCUAAAGUGCGGAAUUUUGAAUGUAAGAUCGGCUGUAAGCAAAGCUCCAUUACUUAAUGAAGUUAUACAGGCAAAUAACUUAGAUGUUUUCAUCAUCAUGGAAACAUGGGUACCUUCCGACGCUCCAAAUCCAAUAAAAUAUGGUUUGGCCCCAGAGGAUGUUUGUCUCUACAGCAAUCGUUCAAAACAUCAACUUUUAAUUGGUUUAAUAAAUGCAAUUCGGAUCUGCCGUCGAUUUGAAAGACAAUCAAAGCGAUUUUGCUCAAAAAUCAUAAAAACUGGAUACAAGAAGGCUAAAGAGAUUGCUAAAACGUUAAUUAUGCAAUCCAAGAUUGACUCCAUCAAAGAAGAGCUUCACUCUAAAAGUAAUCCUCUUGAUUACUGGCGAUCGCUUCUUUCUCGUCCGCCACAACACUAUUCUGAUGAUGAGUGCACAAUCCUUGUCAACUCUUUCGCAAAUCAUUUCAUAUCAAAAAUAAAUAAUAUACAUCAGUCAAUCAAAGACAGUAUUGAAACAGAUAACAUAACACCUUUCAAACACAGACCACAAUCAACAAAUAUAUUUGACGCCUUUCCUGCUGUUUCGGUUUCAGAGGUGUUAAAACUCAUCUCCUCUCUUGCUAAUAAGACAUCUCCACUUGAGUUUUGUCUACUGUUCUUCUCAAAAAAUUUUCUUCACUCUUUGCUCCAGUGA